ACCAUUGCAAUGUUCUGGACGAUUCGCAAAUCUUCUAGGAGAAGUUAUUCAAGAAAUGAUCUGCCCCAUUCUCUGCGCCCUGAAGGCUUGUAGUCACUCUCCCGACACCCUGCUCAAUCAGUGGGAGUAGGUCCAAUCCAGGCACCAAAUUCCACUGGACAAACAGUCGCCCACAUACACUUCGGCGACUCCCACCAUCACCCGUCCCUGCUCGCGAUCAGCAUGCCAAAACGAGUGCCGACGCCCGAGCCAGGUGACAGUGAGCCCAGAUACUUCACCGUCGUCCAGCCCUAUCCGCGCCGUGCGAACUGGGAGAACGAGGGGGAUCGCAUCAAGUUCGGUCGGUGGAUCGCGUCGUGUAUCGGGUCGUCGUCGCUGUACGAUCUGUUCUACAAGCCCAGGGCUGCUGGAAACCAAGUCAUCAUAGAGGUUGACCGGUCGUAUGCAUAUCCCGAACGACUGCUCGGCGAACACCGAUGGGAUGAGUUCCUGCAAGAUCCCGAUGACGAUGAGAAAGGCUGCGUGAGCAAGGUGUUUUUCUGCACUUAUACGUCGGGGCGGGAGGUGCAGAAGAACGGCUGGAAGCGGAUCGAGGUAGCCUACUCCUGGUUCUCGCCGUGGCCGCCUUCCGAGAUCCACUGCGAUCCAUAUCCCACUACUCAUUGGUGUCCGCUCCCACCAGAAGAUCGCACUAAUCAGCCCAUGUGCCGGCCGUUACCCGCGAGCAUCAAGCCAGGACCGGCGCUUAACCCCAGUGCCAAAGCCGCAGCAGCACCGAGGCCCGCAGUCCCGGGAUCCGCUGCAUGGGCCAGUUCCAAGGGUGUGCCGCUCAGCAAAGGUCGAGCUCAGUCCGGGUCAGCUGUUAUUCCAACCCGUCAGCCCGACAAGAAAAAAAUGCGUGCUAUCCCGGCGAAUUCGACGGCUGAAUGGCAUACUGUUCUACAUCCCACCUCAAAAUCAACUACGCCCAUCUUCAGUACCACAGACAGCCCGGAAGUACCCGGAAAACGAUUUCCGAAGCUCGGGACGCUGCCUGCAGAAGUCACGAGUUGGAGCGACCAGGUCGAGCUGGAGGAGGAGUUUCGUUCGCAGCGCAUCGACUUCGAUCCCGACGAUGUGGACGAAUAUAUCUCGGAGCCCCCGACGCCGCUCCCCCCCUGGCCGGAAGCCGAUACCCGUUCAUUGUACGGACCUGGCCCAGAGCCGGAGUACAUCGACGACCCCGAUACAUUCGUCGCUGAAUGGGAGAAGGGUAGCGGGACCGCGAAAGAGCGUGCUCUGCCGUCCGCGCCAGUCGGUGGCCAGCCGAAGAAGGCUCCGAUCGUGUGUCCCGAGCACGGGAAGUCUUGCCCGAGGGGCAUCUGCUCGGUGUAUUCGAAGCUGAAGAAGGAGCGGGCACGGGCGGAGAAAGCCGGCACACAGGGUGCGUUUCUCGCGUGUUUUCUCCACUCAAGAUGCUCACUAAUGAUCUGCGGUCUCAGCGGAGGCCAAGUCGAAACGGGGUGAUACACGCAAGUUCCAUGGCGAACGCAAAUCAGCGACGAAAGACGAGACGACAGAAGAUCAGAACCCUAGUGCUAUCUCGACCCCGACUUCUGAGAUACAGGCCCAGGAUGAAACUGCUCCGACCGAUGGAUGGAGAGCCCCUCGGCGCCCAAACAAGCGAGGGAAAGAAAAGGCGACGGCGGAAGCCAAGGAUGGAGCUAGUUCUCCGCCUGAGGCAAACACCAUUCCGAUCGAGGCUGUCCCAGAUAACGCUGCCGAGGAGCCUACCGAGAACGCAGAGACGGCGGCCCCGAAGCCGCCAGGCAGUGGAUGGACUACAAAGCGUCGCAACAAACGGGCACAAUAAGAACGAACGUCAUUGACGCAGGGAUUGAGAAUCUGUAUGUACGAAUGUACACCAUACAAUACAGGAUAAAAAAGCUUCCAGGACUAAGGCCAGUCGACGCUGGCAGGAUUUGAACCUGCGCCCUCAGAGAGGAGUUGAUAAAGUACACUGGUGAUGAAUUGCAGGAGUCGUUCGAAUCGAUCGCAUUUAACGCUUUGCUACAGCGUCAUGGGCAACCGCAAGGUCCUGUGUGAGUUGUGAGACCCUCGGC